AAGGCAACCCCAUGUGUGCAACCCGUGUUGUUGUCAACGGCACUAGUUGAAGUGGCAGAUCUUUACAACAAUUAUCAGGUAGCCCGCGCUCUACUAGAUAGUGGGAGUCAACGCUGCUUUAUUAGCAAAUCUUUGUGUAAUAAACUUAAAUUACCAUUAAUACCAUCUACAGUGGAAAUACGAGGUGUUGGAAACUUAGUGACACAGACAUCAGAACUAUGUGACAUUACAGUGAAAUCGCGCAUCAACCCCGUCUAUUCCACACAACUACGUUGUUUUGUUUUGCCGAGUGUUACAACAUCUAUGCCAGCUGUUUGUGAAAGCUCACGGGUUAUUAUACCUGACAAUGUUCAGCUAGCUGAUCCUUGUUUUUACGAUUCUCAUACUAUUGAUUUGUUGAUAGGCGCUGACAUAUUCUGGGAAUUGUUAAAAACAAAUAAAAUUAAAUUACAAAGCGGACCCAUCCUUCAAGAUACGCAUUUCGGUUGGAUUAUUUCCGGCCCUCUUAAUUUACAUAUGCACAACAAUAAUUAUAAUUUUAAUCAUUUACAUUGUAAUUUAACGCAGUCAAUCGACAUACAACUACGAAAGUUCUGGGAGCUCGAAGAGGUAUCCAAGUCUGGCGUCGAUACGCGCACUGAUGAGGAACGUGCCUGCGAGAACCACUUCGUCAAUACUACGAUGCGCAAUGACGAUGGCAGGUUUUCUGUAUGCAUUCCUUUUAAAACUUCGCCUGAUACGAGUGCCUUGGGUGAGUCAUUCUCGACAGCAGAACGAAGGUUUCUAGCUUUGGAGAAGCGCUUACAACGCAAUCCCAAUUAUAAACAACUAUAUAGUGAAUUUAUUCACGAGUACAUCGAGCUAGGGCAUAUGACUCGAGUAGACAGUUAUGGCAGUCCUCAUUAUUUUAUGCCACACCAUGGCGUUUUCAGAGAGCACAAGGCAACUACAAAGUUACGAGUGGUUUUCGAUGCCAGCGCUCCCUCUGGAACGGGUGUGUCAUUAAAUGAUCUCCAAAUGGUUGGUCCACCUAUUCAAGGAGACUUGGUCUCUAUUUUGUUGCGAUUCCGACAGCACAAGUAUACAGCAUGCGCAGACGUGGAAAAAAUGUACAGACAGUGUUUAGUUGAUGACGCUCAACGAGAUUUACAGCUCAUCCUGUGGCGCGACCAUCCAUCUGAGCCAAUGAGUGUUUAUCGGUUGAAUACUGUCACUUACGGAACCGCGUCAGCGCCUUUCCUCAGCUGUAGGUGCCUGAAGCAGCUAGCUUCAGAUUGUGCAAAUCCACACAUUCAACGCAUAAUUAAUGAGGAUUUCUAUGUCGAUGACUUGAUUACAGGUGACGACGAUAAACACACCUUAAUAAACUAUUGCGAACAAACUGCAGAUGUCUUACAGUCUGGCUGUUUUCCACUACGAAAGUGGUUAUUUAAUUUUAAUUAUAAUGAUGCUAAAACAUUAGGCUCUGAUUCACCGUCAAAGAUGCUAUCUCUUGGUGAGAACGUGAAUUCAAAAACAUUAGGUUUGGGUUGGUAUAAUUUAAGUGACGAAUUUUAUUUUGAAUCGCAUUAUGAUGACAUGUCACACAAGUUAACUAAGCGAUAUAUCAUGUCAAUAAUAUCACAAAUUUUUGAUCCACUCGGAUUACUUAGUCCAUUUAUUAUCACGGCUAAGGUGUUGUUACAACGGCUAUGGUUAUUGAAACUAAAUUUUGAUGAUGAAGUGCCUCACGAUGUCAAAGUAGUUUGGUAUCAAUUUGCUAACGCGUUACCUAUGCUUAAUCAAGUACGUAUACCGCGACAUGUUGUAGGUGACGACCAUAAAUAUCUUGAAUUGCACAUCUUUACAGAUGCAUCGGAGUCGGCCUACGGUGCGUGCAUCUACGUACGAACGAUUGCUUGUAGCGGUACAAUCACUUGCAAACUAUUAUGCUCCAAAAGUAAAGUCACCCCUUUGAAACCAGUCAGCAUCCCAAGGCUCGAGUUAUGUGGCGCUUUACUUGGAGCAAGACUAUACGAAAAAGUGCGGGAGUCGCUUCGUUGUCAGUUUCAUAACGUCAUUUUUUGGUGUGAUUCCACGAUCGUACUAUGUUGGUUACGCUUAGCACCAAAUAAAUUAAAAACGUUUGUACAAAAUAGGGUUGUGGAAAUACAUGAAUUAACGAAAGGUUCCGUAUGGCGGCAUGUAAACGGAAAACAAAACCCAGCCGACUUAGUGUCACGAGGCAUGCGUUUGGAGGAUCUUUCGUCUUCUAUCUUUUGGUGGGACGGGCCAUCGUUCCUUCAGGAUGCUAAUUUCAGUAGCUCGACGGAAGAUUCAGAGCAGUGUUCUGUAAUGUCGACAGAGCUAUUGCCAGAAUUAAAACCAAAGGUGAUACAUUCGUUAAUAGUAGACGCUACAAAUUCUUUGUUCCCGUUUAAUCGUUUCUCUCAACUGAAUCGCAUGAGGCGCACUUGUGCUUAUAUGUUGCGCUUUAUUAAUAAUACUCGCCGUAAUAAUAUUCGCAAAAUUGGUGUUUUAUCACUCGAUGAACUCAACAAUGCAAAUACAACACUUAUACGUUUUUCACAGUUAGAUUCUUUCGCAACAGAAUAUCAGUUAAUCCUGAAUAACAGCGAAUUAAAAACCAAACAUAGCCUAUCUAAUUUGAGUUUGUUUAUGGACAAAAAUAAAAUUUUGCGAGUUGGUGGACGGUUAAAAAACUCACCUGAAUUUCCAUUUGACAAGAAGCAUCCUAUACUUAUAUCUUCUAAACACUGGUUUUCAGUGCUACUGUUCCGUCAUGAGCACAAACAGUUGCACCAUGCAGGAUCACAACUGCUCCUUUAUACUGUGCGUGAGUCAUACUGGCCGAUAGGUGGCAGGAACCUCGCUAGGCGAGUAAUACAUGACUGUGUUACCUGUAGGCGCUUUAAAGGCAAAACACUGUCUCCUAUAAUGGGGAACCUGCCCCAGGAAAGAAUUACGCCUUCAUUUCCAUUCUUCCGCUGCGGUGUAGACUACGCUGGGCCAGUUUUCAUUUUAAACCGUAAAGGUAAAGGCGCGAGAUUAAUUAAAGGUUAUAUUUGUUUAUUUGUUUGUUUUGCAACUCGAGCUGUUCAUCUAGAACUUGUCAGUGAUCUGACUAAAGACGCAUAUUUUUUAGCGCUGAAAAGACUAAUUUCCAGGCGGGGAAAACCAGUGGAAAUAUUUUCAGAUAAUGCCGGAAAUUUUAUAGGCCUUAUGAACGACUUUAGAAAGUUCUUACAUAAUUGUUCUUCAGACAUCAUUGAAUAUGCCAUCAGUCAAAAUAUUAAAUUCAACUUUAUACCCCCAUAUUCUCCUCAUUUUGGUGGCCUUUGGGAAGCUGGGGUCAAAUCUUGUAAACAUCAUUUAAUAAAAUCAUUGGGUAACGCGCAUCUCACGUUUGAGGAAUUUACUACAGUUUUAACGCAAAUAGAGGCUAUCCUUAACUCCCGUCCACUAAGCCCUCUCUCCACAGAUCCUCAAGAUGUCCUGCCUCUAAGUCCUGCCCACUUUCUGAUUGGCCGACCGCUGACAGCGCCAGUGAGCACCGAACUAACCGACGUCCCUAUGCUGAGACUCGAUAGAUACCAGCGGAUAGAGCAAAUACGUCAACAUUUUUGGGCAAGGUGGUCAAAAGAAUAUGUAUCGGAGCUACAAACGCGGACUAAGUGGAAACAGAACGAGGCACAAUUAGAACCAAACACGCUGGUCGUCGUUAAGGAUGACAACUCUACUCCACUCAAAUGGAACAUUGGACGAGUUGUGGCUACCAUUCCUGGUCGUGACGGCAUCAGCAGGGUAGCUGACAUCAAGACGUCGUCGGGAACGAUACGACGCGCGUUCUCCAAGAUUUGUCCUCUCCUCGAUUCGUCAUCAACGUAAUUGGAAGUUGGAUCUUCCAAGGCCGGGGGCAUGUCGAAGCAUUACUCUAUGAUUUUAUUUUAUUUAGCUCUGUGCAUUGCGUUUCUUUUAAAAAAUGUCAAAAAAAAAAAAAAGAAAUUAUCUGUCAAUGUCAUUCUAACCUAAAACCAUGCGCUAAAAUUAACAUCACUUUGUAAUAUUGUAUUUUAAUUCACAAAUCAAAAGUAAAAAGCUGAGUCUACGUUAUUCCGGCCUUUUUAUUUCUUCGACCAUCAAGAGCCACGGCCGGAACAGUAUAGAUAAAAUAUUUUUUUUGUAUUUUUCAAAUGAUUUAUAGGAAAGUUUUGAGUCUUUUAAACAAACCGAUUUUUGAUAGAUUGUGUUUCUGUCAAAGUUUUUGCUGGUAGACUUUAAUACUUUUGCUUCGUCAAUCAUUUGAUAUGAUCUAUUUGAUCAAUUGUAUCUUUAGCAUGACAUAAAAAAGGAAAAGAAAUCUAUCUACAGAUAAUAUUGUGAAAGCAACAAUUAUUAAAAUAUAAUUCCAGUGCAAUAUAA